UGUUUAGCUCAAUAGGAAACAUGGCGGCUGCCGGGGCUGGGAAGGUGGCGGGUGCCGCUGUCGGAGCCGUAGUAAAACCAGUCUUCAGUCGGGAUUUGGCUGAAGCCAAACGGCACGUGAGGGAAUUAUAUAGAACUUGGUACCGCGAAAUCCCAAAUACUGUGCAUACAUACCAACUGGAGAUCACAGUGAAACAGGGGCGUGACAAGGUGCGAGAGCUCUUCAUGAAAAAUUCCCAUGUUACAGACCCCAGAGUCAUUGAUUUGCUUGUUAUUAAGGGAAAAAUGGAAUUCCAAGAAACAAUCAAUGUGUGGAAACAAAAGACCCAUAUAAUGAGAUAUUUUCAUGAGACAGAAACACCGCAACCCACGGAUUUCCUAUCCAAGUUCUACAUAGGCCACGAUCCUUGAACUAAAUCAUCAAUAGAGAAUAAUGACUCUGUUUUCUGUUCCAAAUAAAUGCCUGUAUGUUAAAACUCUUCAACAAGAAAGUAUUCAAGGAGGCAUGCAUUAUUUAUAUUUAUUCUGUAUUUGAUGCUAAUAUUUCAUCCUUAACUCAUUUUGCAAAAUCUACUUCACCAUAGUUAGGUAUGUUGUAGCACUUCAACUGCUAAUAAUGUCUGAAAUAUAUAACACUGCAAUCUAAAAAAUAAUACUAAAUUUCUCUUUAAUAUAUGGUGAGAUUAUGUUGGAUAUAUAUGGAGAAAAGAUUUUAUUUGUGAGAAAAGGAACCAAAUGUAAUUCAAAGUAUUACAUUCUUAGUAGUCUAAUGAAUUUUUAAAUAUUUAUUUUAGGGGAUAAACUACAGUUUUCAUGUGUCUAUUGUUUCAAAAUUGUAGCAAUAUCCCCAAAUUCUAGAAUAAAAAUCUCACACUCCUUAAAUGUUGGCAGCAGAGAUGGAGGUUACUAAUUACAAUUUUAAGAAAUUUAGCAAUCUAUAUAAUACUUCAAUUAUACAUCCUAAUCCUAUAAAUUUUCUAAUGUAUUUCAGCUGCAUGGAAUACAAAUAAAAAGCUAGGUAACAAGAAAAAUCUUAUACAAUAGACGUCUAAACUGCUUUCACCAAAAUUAUAAUUAAAACUUUCUCAAAGUUCUAUAAAAAUGUGUAUUUACACUGGCAACUGUUAAAUAUUAUAUAGCUGAUUCAAUUGAAUGUUUGUUUGUUUAAAUGUUUAUUAACAUUUGUAGGCCGCCCUUUUCCCUGAGGGGACUC